AUGCAUUAUUAUAACAAAGUAAUACAGCGGCAUGUAGAAGGAAGAGGAAGAUACUUGGUUGCCUCAAAGGAUAUAGUACGAGGCGAAAUAGUGCUCUAUGAACAACCAUUUGCUCAUACAAUCAACUAUAGAGAUGCUCUAGCAAGACAACUAUGUCAUCGUUGUCUGAGACAACUAUGUACAUCAUCACAAGCAUCACAAUUGGAUGGAUGUAACACUUGUCAAACGACAUAUUACUGCUCAAUUGAAUGUCGUGAAUUGGAUACACCGAUGCACUCAAUCGAAUGUCAACAAUAUCAACGUUUGGCAUCGACUUCAAUGUUUGACAAUGAUUGCAAAUCAAUGUUGAAGCUCUGUCUACGUGUGCUGGUUAUGAGACACCUGGCGCCAACAUCAGAGUCAUUCGAUAAUGUCUUACAACUGUGCGACAAUCGUCACCAAUUCUCUGCGAGUCGCAUGGCUGACCUUGGCAAAGUGGCGCGAUUCCUCGAGAAAGGACUGAACAUGGGCACGGCAGCAACAAAGACAGAGGUACUGCGUGGACUUACUCAGAUGGACCUUGUCAGACUGAUGUGCGUAUUGGAGUGCAACACUCACGAGAUUGGAUUGACAUUGGAGCCAUACAAGUACAGCUCGGUUGGCUCAGCAUUAUACAUCAUGGCGUCAUACUUUAAUCAUUCAUGUCAACCGAAUGUGUGUCGAGUGAAUCGUGAAGGUGAUGGUGGCGCACUCUCGAUGAUUGCCCUGGCCGAUAUACCAGCGGGCACCGAGCUCUCUUACAACUACAUCCAACUCUCAUUGUCCAAUGAAGAGCGCAAGACAAAGCUGUUCGACUCGUACUUCUUCAAUUGCGUCUGUCCAGGAUGUGCUGUGGUCAGCAGCGGUAGUGCCGGCAGCACCAAGUCGUCCAAAGGCAGGAGAUCGGCCAAGGGUGGCGAGCCAGUCCAGAGUAAGUCGCAACAGGCAUACCUCAAGCGAUACCUUUGUGAUCGAGAUGGAUGCAAUGGUGUUCGAAUUUCCAACGGUCCAUCAUCGUCAUGCAGCAUGGACCAGGGCAAACCUACUCAAGUCUGUAACAUAUGUCUGCCAGUUUCCCAAUGGCCCAUUGGCAUUGUUCGUUGGGAAGACCAG